CUUUGCUCUUCACAGAAUUGAACCCUGGUCAUAUGUAGUGAAGCCAGAUGAUGGUGGAGUCUGAGGAAUUCUGCUUCUCACUGGAUAACCUGUUCUUUGAUAGACCAGUGGUUCACGAGGUAAGGCCAUUAUGCCAGGAGCAAAAUGCCUGGCAGCUGGAUGCGGCACCAUCUAUUUCUGAAAUACCAGCAACCCAAGACCUUCAGAAAGAAGCAGAAAGCCUGGCUUUAACUGGUUUCUCUCAGAAGCCAAGGAAGUUUCUGCCACCUUGUAAAAGACCUAGUGGCAAUGCUGGACAGGGUGUUGAAAGUUUGUGGGGACCUGAAAUUACUUAUACAUGUACAGAUACAUUUCAUACCCCUGUGGGUAGUGAUCAAACCUGUCCUAAUACACCUCUGAAUGUUGGAGAAAACAGACAGUUCUGUUUCUCUACCAGCCCUCCAGUCAAGACCCGGCUUUUUAGACCUCCCAUAAGGAAGUUCAACCCGGUCUCCGUUCCAGCGACAAACGACCAUGGCAUCAGCCCAGUUGUCAUGGCAACCCAGCAUCCGCUCUUGCCGCCGGCCGUGGCUUCCUGCGGCCCUCUCGGAGAAGUCAGAGGCCAGAGGGAGGAAUGCAGCGAUCCCGAACAGAACGACGCCUUUGUUCUCCCUUUUACUCCCAGACCUCUUCAGAUUCAAGGCCCGUCUGGACAGGGGAUUCUCCGUCCUGUGUCUGAAAUCCCCGCUAAGUUCAGGGACGUCUUUAGCGAGUUCCCGUACUUCAACUACGUGCAGAGUAAAGCACUGGACGAUGUUCUUUACACCAGCAGGAACUUUGUCGCUUGUGCCCCCACCGGCUCGGGCAAAACUGUGCUGUUCGAGCUGGCCAUUAUACGACUGCUGAUGGAGACGGCUGAGCCCUGGAAUGAUGUGAAAGCUAUCUAUAUGGCUCCCAUUAAAGCCCUGUGCAGUCAGUGCUAUGAGAACUGGAAGCGGAAAUUCGGACCCCUGGGGCUGAACUGCAAAGAGGUGACGGGUGACACCGAGAUCGACGAGUUUUUCGAAAUUCAGGACGCCCACCUGAUCAUGACGACGCCGGAAAAGUGGGACAGCAUGACGAGGAGGUGGAGGGACAACUUCUUACUCCAGUCAGUACGCCUGUUCCUCAUCGACGAGGUCCACGUGGUGAAGGACGUGACCAGAGGAGCGACUCUGGAGGUCGUGGUGAGCAGGAUGAAAACCAUACAGACGUACCGCGCGGCCGAGGACCCGGACUCGGAGACCCGCAUGAGAUUCGUAGCCGUCUCCGCUACCAUUCCUAACGUUCAGGACGUAUCGGAGUGGCUGUCGGACGAAUCCGGACCGGCGGUUUGUUUGAAGAUGGACGAGAGCCACCGGCCGGUGAAACUGAGGAAGGUGGUGCUGGGGUUCCCCUGCGGAAACAAGCAGAACGAGUUCAAAUUCGACCUCUCGCUCAACUACAAGAUGGCCGGCAUCGUUCAGACGUACUCGGAACAGAAGCCGGCGCUGGUGUUCUGUUCCACAAGGAAAGGAGUUCAGCAGGCGGCUGCGGUGCUCGCCAAGGACGCCAGGUUCAUCAUGAGUAUUGAUCACAGGCAGAGGCUGAUGAGGUACGCCAACUCGCUCCUCGACACCAAACUCAGAGAUCUCGUCAUGUGUGGUGUCGGGUAUCACCACGCCGGCGUCAGUAUGUCAGACAGGAAAGUGGUUGAGGAUGCGUUUACGGCCGGCGACCUGCCCGUCCUCUUUACCACCAGCACUCUGGCGAUGGGUGUGAAUCUCCCGGCUCACCUGGUGGUGAUCAAAUCCACCCUGCACUACGUGGGUGGAGCGUGUCAGGAGUACAGCGAAGCCGACCUGCUGCAGAUGAUCGGUAGAGCCGGAAGACCGCAGUUCGAUUCAUCAGCGACCGCUGUGAUCAUGACCCGCUCUCAGACCAGAGACAAAUACCUGCAGUUCCUCAGCGGUUCCGAGACCAUAGAGAGCAGCCUGCACACAAACCUGGUGGAGCACCUGAACGCUGAGAUCGUCCUUCACACCAUCUCGGACGUGAACAUGGCUCUGGACUGGAUCCGUUCCACUUUCCUGUACAUCCGUGCCCUGAAGAAUCCCAAACACUACGGUUUUUCUGCUGAUCUGGACAAAUGUGGGAUUGAAACCAAACUGCAAGAGCUCUGUAUAAGAAACCUGAACUCACUGGCCUCCUUUAAUUUAAUCACGAUGGACGAAGACAUAAACAUCAAGCCUAAAGAGAGCGGGAAGCUGAUGGCUCGGUACUGUGUGGCGUUUGACACCAUGAAGCAGUUCAGUAAGGUGACAGGUACAGAGACAUUGUCUGAACUGAUUGAGCUGAUCUCUAAGGGGAAGGAGUUCAGCGAUGUACAGCUGAGAGUGAGUGAAAAGAGAACUCUCAACAUGCUGAACAAGGAUAGGAACAGAGUCUCCAUCAGGUAUCCGAUGGAUGGAAAGAUCAAAACGAAUGACAUGAAAGUUAACUGUCUGAUUCAGGCUCAGCUGGGCUGCAUCCCCAUCCAGGAGUUCGGACUCACGCAGGACACGGGGAAGAUCUUCAGAAACGGGAUCAGACUCAGCAGAUGUCUGGUGGAAUUACUCGGUCAGAACUUCAGGAGGAAUUUCUCUGCUCAGCUGAACGCUGUGGUUUUGGCCAAGUGUUUCCGAGCCAGAUUGUGGGAAGAUUCGCCGUACGUCUCCAAACAGCUGGACAGGAUCGGGUUGUCACUGGCAAACGCGAUGGUGAAUGCCGGACUGACGUCGUUCAGCAAGAUUGAAGCGACCAAUCCUCGAGAACUGGAGCUGAUUGUGAACCGCCAUCCUCCGUUUGGAAACCAGAUCAGAGAGGCUGUGAGCCGACUCCCAAAAUAUGAAGUCAGUCUGGAACAGCUUCCGAGAUACAGCGUCUUCAACGCAGAGCUCAUCGUCGCUGUGCACCUGAAGAACUUUGAGGAGCUGUUGAUCAAAAGGACUGCGCCCGACCACCAUCACGUCACCCUGUUGAUUGGAGACGGUGACAACAACGUGGUCUUCCAACAGAAGAUCUCAGACACUCUGCUGUUGAAAUCUGGAAGCUGGUCGAGGAAGUUUGAGGUCUCGAGGACGCCGAUAGGAGACGAGCUCAGCAUCAGUUUGAUCAGCUCUGAAUACGUGGGACUGGACAUCCAGCAGAGGUUCACCACCUUCUACUCUGGAGCACAGACCUUCAGAGCUGAUGUGUAUGGCGUGGAGAGCCCGGUGUGUGCGCCACACAGAGCGCAGGGGUACAGAGAAGAAAGCAGCGUAGGUCAGAAGAACCAGGGUCAGCAGAACAGAGGUCAGAGGAACCAGGGUCAGAAGAACCAGACUGACAGAAAUUCGGCUCAGACUGAUCCCAGCAAACGUCACUGCAACCACUUGUGUAAAAACAAGGACCUUUGUGCCCAUGACUGCUGUAAAUCCGGAGGUAAAUUACCCAUGGUGCUCAAAAGGGUCGUGAAUCCAGAAUCCACUUUCUCAUCCUACCUCCAGGAUCUGAAGAUGAGGAACGAGAGGCUCAUGGAGACCCCCGUCAAACGUCUGAAGAUGAGGAUGAAUACUGAGGCUGAAACUGUCAGCAUGCAGAACUUCUCCUACAAACCAAAAAACAUGAUGCCGGCACUUACCAGAUUGGAUGAACAGUAUUUCCUUCAGAAUGCGUCCCAAUCCGUGGAAGCAGAGCAGAGGUACGCCACGCCCCAAGAGCAGCCUGAUCGUCAGACAUAUCAUGACGAUGCUUCUGACAGACAGACGAGCAGAAAUCCAGCCAAUCAGAGCGAGGCUUACGGCACCACUUCACGCUUGGGCCUCAGCACUGACGGCAGCUUCUCAUCCGAUACCCUCAAUGUGACUUUUGACCUCACAGUGGACGACUGGGAUGACUUUGAGGAUGAAAACUUGCUGCUUGCUGGCGACGAUUCGUACGGCAGGAAUCGGAAUGACGACUGUGCUCAAGCAACGGACAGUGUGGUGGCUGCACCAGGAUCAGUGAGACCAAACACACCAUUAAGGACUGGAUGUGAGACUUCAUCACUCAAAGCUUCACCUCCAAAACAGAUCAACACGGGAGGCGUUUCACUCGGAGGUCGGUUUGAUUUUUUCUCGAAGAGAGAUUCACAGAGAGGAGAGGAGCACAGAGGCUUCACCGGGAGUGGGAUGGAGGAGCGUGAGGAGGUCGACAUGUUCCUCGGGAUAUUUGAUGGGAUUUUCUAGAGUUUCCCAUGAUUGCAGCUCAGUGCUGAAGUUCUUUAGUAAUUAAUAUUCUGUGUUUGUUCAUAUUUAAUGCUGUUUGUUAUUUGUGUUUUGUUUAAAUCUGAAUAAAAUUCCAGUCCCUCCAGA